AUGGUGCCCGCUGCGUGUCAAACUCCACCCCCCAAUGCCGUCAAGAACUUUGUUUGGAAGAGCGGCCGGUGUAUUCGCAUUGGUGAGGAACACUGUGAGCCCGGAUUCACCCUCAAGGACGGCCAGUGUGUCUCCGUCGCAAACCCUGAUUGCGGUGAUCUCGUAUUCAACGGCAAAGCAGGUGUCCAUGGCAAGCCUAUCUGUCCUGAAGCUACCUAUUUGGAUGGAGAACGCUGCUCUUCUAUCCAUGAGCCACAAUGCCCUCAAGGCUUCAAGUUCGAUGGGGAAAAGUGCUCCGCCUACCAGACUCCUCAGUGUCCGUCCGGAUCUGACUUCGACAAGGCCACCCAGGAUUGUAUCUCUACCAAGACGCCCGAGUGUCCCUCAAACCAGAGAUUCAAUGGCAAGCAUUGUGCCAUCAUCACUGGACAGUACAUGGAGUUCGAGUACUGCCCUACCGAAUCAUAUGAAAAGGAAUGCCGACGUACUCCGCUUGGAGUUGCGUGUGAUGGCGUUCAAUCUCAGAAGCAGCAGGACCAAACUCCUCAAGGAAAUCCUGGCAAUCCGCAAGGUCAGGGCAACAUUCCUGGAGUGAACCUGCAGCCAAAUAUUGAUUCCAACCCAGGCCAGUGGCAAGAGCGCCCACAAUAUGGUACUGGAACCCAGGGCAGCCAAGGCUGGGCUCAGCAGCCCGCUGCCGUUUAA